AUGAACAAGAAAAAUAAUAUUUUUCUUAUCCCUAAUAUUAAUAAAUAUACUGGAUACUAUUCUCAUUUAGACAAAAACUUUAUUACUGCAUAUAUGUCAACUUCAAAUAUAAACAUGAAAAAGGAGAAAAGAAACAUAUUAAAUUUUCUUAUAAAUUUUUUUAUAUUUAUCCUUUUAAUUUGGAUAUUACAGUGUUUUAAUAAUUGUGAUUCUUGUAGUUUGUGGAAUAACAAAAGAGAUUUAAAAAGCGUAAUAAAUGUAGAUAUUAAAAGAUCAUUAGCAGAAAGUAAAAAUACAACGGAACAAAUAAGUGAAGAAUUAAAAUGUUAUAAAGAAAAAGAUACAAUAGAAAUAGAUUUAAAUUCAAGGAAUGAUCAAAGAGAAAUGGAAGAGAAUAUAGAAGUAGAACUAAAAAAUGAACUAGAGACAAUGAAGGAUAAUGAAAAAGUAAAAACGAGUGAGGGAAUUUUGCAAUUUUGUAAAGGUUGUUUAAAAAUUGUUUCCUUAUCUAUUGCCUUUAUCUUAUCAUUUUGUUCGUCUGUAUUAAUUACAGCAGAGAGUCCUCACUUUGGUCCAAAAACUCCUUAUGAUAGAUCAAAUAUUCAUUCAUUAACUAUAUUAACUAAUUUAUCUCUUAUGAUAAUUUCAAUUAUUUUAAUACACGAACGAGUUGUAAUAAAAUAUAAAAAAAAACGUUAG